CCACCGUCGACGAAGGUACGCUCAUUGUCUAGAAGGUGUAAGGUGAAAUUGUUGAAUGAAAAGACAAAUUCGACCCGCAAACUGUACCCCCUCCACUGCGUGUCGAACUAAAAUAGGCGCGUCGUCACCGCGGACUAACCGUUUGUUUAUGCGGGAUUUACUGCGAGUUUGUUUACUGGAAAGUGGAAACUGGAGUUUGGUUAUUUCUCUGUGAAAAUAGUUGUUCAUUAGUGUGUACAUUGUGGAUGUUUAUAGGUUAUGUUUGUUAUGCGUGUCUACAAUGUUGUUAAUACUGUUGCUGGUGGGCUCGUCUUCCGCUUAUCUUCAAUCUUACAGACCAAAGCAGCCAAUACGAUUAGGAGGGUUGUUUGAGUCUUCAGAGAUAGAGAAAGAGAGAGUGUUUACUUACGCGAUUGACAAACUGAAUGAAAACAUUUGGCUGGCAAAGAACUUCACCUUUCUUUCUUCAGUCAGAAAAGUAGAACAAUAUGACAGCUUUAAGGUGUCAAAGGCCGUGUGUGAGUUGUUGGCGGAGGGUGUCGUUGGGGUGUUUGGUCCCCAAUCUGUUGACACAACAGAUCACGUACAGUCUACCUGCGACACCAAGGAGAUACCUCACGUAGAGCAGCGCUGGGACAUCAGACAACGUCGCGGCUCUUGUCUUGUCAACCUCUACCCCCACCCCUCCUCCAUAGCUCAGGCACUGGCAGACCUGGUGAAGGCCUUCAAGUGGAACAGCUUUACCAUCGUGUUUGACCAGAGUGAAGAUCUGAUCAAGAUGAAAGACUUGUUGAGCUACUACGACCACCGAGGAUUCCCAGUCACCGUCAGACAGCUGGAUGAAGGCAGCAACUACAGACCGACUCUAAGAAGAAUCAAGAACACAGAAGGUAAAAACAUCGUCUUGGACUGUGCGACAGAGAAGCUUCCUGAGGUGCUGUUACAGGCUAUGCAAGUCGGACUGAUGGGAUCAGAGUACAGCUAUAUAAUCACAACAUUGGACAUGCAAUCAGUGGACUUAGAGCCCUUUGUGUACGGUGGUACCAACAUUACUGGCUUCCGAAUGAUCGAUCCAGAAGACUCUAUGGUGAGGGAUGCUAUAGAAUAUUUCAAAAACAGAGAGAUAUCAAGAUUUGGAGAUUUGUCAGUCAUCAACUUCAACAAAACCUUCCUUAAGCUGGAGUCCGCCCUGAUCGUGGACUCUGUCUUGUUGUUUGCCCGAGGUCUCAAUCAGCUAAGCCUCAGUAAAGAGAUAACAACACAGCCUCUCAACUGUGUGGACACCACCAACUGGGAACACGGCUACAGCCUCAUCAACUACAUGAAGAUUAGUGAAUUCCAUGGAGUAACUGGUCUGGUGAAGUUUGACCAUGAAGGUUUCCGCACCGACUUCAAACUAGACAUCCUGGACUUAACUACCGAGGGGUUUCGGAAGAUCGGGACAUGGAACAUCACUGAAGGAGUGAACUUUACACAAGUCGCUAGUGAGUACGAGGAUCCCAACGAAUUCCAGCGACAGGAUCUCAGGAACAUGUCCUUUGUGGUCAUGAUAUCACUGACCCAUCCCUAUGGCAUGCUGAAAGAGACUGCUUCCAAACUCUCGGGAAAUGACAGAUACGAAGGAAUGGGUAUCGACAUCAUACAGGAGCUGUCUCUCCUGCAUGGCUUCAACUACACGUUCAGAUUGCAGCCGGACAGUAGCAGUGGGAAUCCUGACCCUAAUACUGGCAAGUGGAAUGGGAUGAUCGGAGAAGUCCUCUCUGGGAGGGCUGACCUAGCCAUAGCUGAUAUAACCAUAACAAGGGAGCGAGAGAGAGAUGCUGAUUUUACAUUACCAUUCUUAGAUUUGGGCAUCAGCAUACUGUACAAGAAACCAACAAAGAUGGCUCCGAACCUGUUUUCAUUCCUGCUUCCAUUCAGUUCUCAAGUUUGGUAUUGCACCAUUGCGGCUUACUUGGGUGUUUCCUUACUUCUUUUUGUAAUGGCAAGGAUCAGUCCGAGGGAAUGGACCAAUCCGUAUCCUUGCAUAGAGGAACCCAAAAUGCUUGAGAACCAGUUUAGUCUCAACAACUCUCUGUGGUUCACUCUGGGCUCCAUCAUGCAACAAGGAUCGGAAAUCGCACCCGUAGCGAUGUCCACCCGUAUGGUGGCUGGCAUCUGGUGGUUCUUCACACUAAUCAUGGUGUCGUCCUAUACUGCAAAUCUAGCAGCCUUCCUUACCAUAGAGAGUACACAGCCAAAGUUCCGUACUGUCGAGGACCUUGCCAAUCAGAAACCGGUUGUCAUCAAAUACGGGGCCAAAGCUGGAGGUGCCACUGCCAACUUCUUCAGAGACUCGAACCACUCGACGUACGCCAAGAUGUGGCAGUUCAUGCAGGAGAACCCUACCAUGAUGGUGGCUAGUAAUGAGGAGGGGGUGGCAAGAGUGAUGAGUCAUGACGAGGACUACGCCUUCCUCAUGGAGUCUACGAGUAUCAGUUACGAGGCACAACGCAAGUGUGAGCUAUCCCAGGUGGGCGGUCUGCUCGACAGCAAGGGCUACGGCAUUGCCAUGCGCAAGAACUCCUGGUAUCGAGGCAUACUUAGCACCAGUAUAGUUCAACUACAGGAGAAGGGGAAGUUGCGUCUCCUUUACGACAAGUGGUGGAAAGAGAAGAGGGGGGGAGGGGCUUGUCAUGAUGAUGACGGUGGAGGGGAAGCGGCAGAGUUAGACCUGGAUAACGUAGGAGGAGUGUUUGUAGUUCUGCUCAUCGGAGCUUCCUUUGCAUGCUUCAUAGCUCUCUUUGAGCUCAUUUGGGAAAUAUACAAGAAGGAGGAUAAGGUUUCGUUCUGGCAUGAACUAAUCGAGGAAAUCAAAUUCAUAAUGAGCUGUCAAGGUUCUGUGAAACCACUAAAGAAAGGAAACAGAACGGAGGAAACGAUGUCAACUGACGACCCGGACACUUUCUGUAAUCCUUUCAACCACAAUGAGACAAAACAUCCGCUGGAUUGAAGAGAAACUGUAGAAUAUGCUGAUAAGCUUUUCUAACCUCCACCAGAUGUUCUCUGCUGGUGGCAACAUUGUCCAGUUGUAGUUGAAAGUGUAAUGGUUGAUUUGGUGUUUGAGGACACUACACUAUAGGUCGGCUGCUUCGAAAGCGACCUCCUCUUACAUGCCCAAUAAAUACUUGCGCAGGUCGCUAUCUGUCCGGCCGACCUAUAUACAGCAUUCCACGUUUAACUUACAGUACAACGGGUCUAAUGGGGUCGUGCCCAAGCUAUUAAAACUAACUAGAAACAUCAUGCUUAUUGUCAUGCAGUUUACGCCAUCUGCCCUCGCUACCCUUGUAGGCGGUAACAUACAUUUGACUCUUGUAACUUUGUGCUAUUUAUAAAUUGGUAUUUCUAUUUAAUGAUUUGGAUUUUGCCUUUAUGGUUAUAAUUAUGUAACUAGGUAUACUAGUAAGGGACCGUGAGGAAAAAGUUAAAGUUUUAAGGAGACUUUUGUGGGUCCUGAUGUUUUUAGGAUGGUUUGCUUCACCAAAACUAAAAUUUGGAAUACAUGGCUUUAAUGACGCUGAGAACAUGCAUUGUAAACGUGGAAUGAAGUAUUGAGAAUGUAACUUGUCUAGCAAACUUGACUUAAAAAUACUGGUUUGGUUGUCAAAUAACAGAAACAAGUUACAUAGGAAACUAUGGUCAGGGAAAUUACUAAAAAAUUAUUAAAGUCAUUUGAAAAAUUAUGAACUAUACAUAACAUUUUAUUUAUAUGUAACACAUUCUGAUCAAAAGUUAAAGACUAUAUAACUAAGUUUAGUGUUAAGACAAGUAUUGCUUGUAUGAAAUUUCCAAAGUUUAUCUAGUCUAGUAUGUUAAUACCAGUACUCCUGUUUUAGUUCACAUACAAAAUGUUCAAAUGUUAAAUUUUUUUAGAGCAUGGUGUAUUUUUUUGUAAUAAACUUCAUCAUAAGGUUUUUAUACAUAAUGAAGGAAUUUUUUUAACUAGAUAAAAUAUUUUGUA